AUGGCGCGAAAGAAAGUGGCCGGGGAGCGGGGCGCGGGGACGCGCGACCGUGGGACAGCGGCGCGCGCGCCAGUCGCACGGCGCCCCCCGCCCGCGCCGCGCCGCCUCCCGCAUUCCAACGCGCCUCCCUCCGAAUUUAUUCUGCCGCGACCCGCCGCGCCGUCGCUGUGCGCUACCCGACUCUGCCUGCACCUGGACUGCUACCUAUCACCUUAUGCCCUUCGUGCCAUCUGCUUGUCACCCCGGCGUAAAGCGUGUUUCGCGGAGGUGCGCGGACAGCAUGAGCGGAGGCGAACGGUGGACGAGGGCGGUGUGUCGCAAAUAGCCCGUGACGCGGCGGGCGCUGCACUUUCGCGCGGUCAUGUGCCCGGCGCCGCAGCCAGACGCUUGUAA